GCUUCUUCAACAACUGCAGCCACCUUGGUAGCUCGCUAGCCAACAAAUUCGGAACAUUCAAGUUCUUUAGACAAUUUCGUGGUUUAUUUGCCACUAUGAUUUAAACAUACUUAUGUGGAAACAACUAGCUACCCCAUUAAAUGAAAUAUUUACGUUGUAAGUAGCUAGCUGGCUGGAUAAAUUAGCACUAGUCUAGUUGCUAAUGCUAACUAGCUAACAUCCCCGACCAUGAGCUUACUAAGCUACUCUCCUCCUGCUAAAGAAGAUGAGGCCUGCUGGACAGAGAAAGAAACUCUCGUGGAAGAGGAGGAUGUUACAAAACAAAAACAAGUAGAGGAUGAGACUGUUACAGUGAAAGAAGAAGAAGAGAAAGACGUUUCAGUGAAAGAAGAGGAAGAUGCGUUCAGAGUGAAAGAGGAGGAAGAGGAUGUUACAGUAAAAGAAGAGAAAGAGGAGGAUGCAGUUUAUGGAGUGAAAGAGGAGGAUAGGGAGAUGACCUUCACAUCCAUAAAGGAGGAGGAGGAAACUGGAUAUCUGGGCCCGGUUUCCCAAAGGCAUCUUAAGGCCAGUGGUUCUAACGAUGAAUUUAACCAUAAGGUGGUUUUUGGAAACCGGGGCCUGGUUAAUACUAGAGAGAGACUUGAUUAUCUCGGGUCCUCUGGGGAGUCUACAGAAGAGAGACGUGGCUAUUGUGGGUCCUCUGGGGAGUCUCAACAACCUCAUGAAGCUGACAAGGCAGAUCAGAGUCUCUCCAAAUCAGAACACCUCAAGAAACAACAACAGAGACCCACCGGGAAGAAAUGUCAUUGCUGCUCUGACUGUGGGAAGAGAUUCAACUCUUCAGGAGACCUUAAAAUACAUCAAAGAAUUCACACUGGAGAGAAAUCUUUUGGCUGUGAUCAAUGUGGGAAGAGAUUCACUGAUUCAAGCAGCCUGAAAUCACACCAGAAAACACACACAGGAGAUAAAUCCUAUAGCUGUUAUCAAUGUGGGAAAAGUUGUACGACAUCUAGCCAUCUAAUUGUACACCAGAGAACACACACAGGAGAGAAACCAUUUAGCUGUCAUCAAUGUGGGAAGAGUUUUGGUACAUCUAGCCAUCUAAUUGUACACCACCGAACACACACAGGAGAGAAACCUUUUAGCUGUGAUCAAUGUGGGAAGAAAUUUACUGUGUCAAACUCCUUGAUGGUGCACCAGAGAAUACACACAGGAAAGAAACCUUAUAGCUGUAGUCAAUGUGGGAAGAGUUUUACUCAACCAGAAAGCCUGAUUGUGCACCAGAGAAUACACACAGGAGAGAAACCUUAUAGCUGUUAUCAAUGUGGGAAAAGUUGUACGACAUCUAGCCAUCUAAUUGUACACCAGAGAACACACACAGGAGAGAAACCAUUUAGCUGUCAUCAAUGUGGGAAGAGUUUUGGUACAUCUAGCCAUCUAAUUGUACACCACCGAACACACACAGGAGAGAAACCUUUUAGCUGUAGUCAAUGUGGGAAGAGUUUUAGUCAAUCUAGUGAUCUGACAGUGCACCAGAGAACACACACAGGAGAGAAACCUUAUAGCUGUGGUCAAUGUGGGAAGAGUUUUGUUCAAUCUGGCCAUCUGACAGUGCACCAGAGAACACACACAGGAGAGAAACCUUAUAGCUGUGGUCAAUGUGGGAAGAGUUUUAGUACAUCUGGGUAUCUGACUAUACACCAGAGAACACACACAGGGGGGAAACUUUGUAGCUGUCAUAAAUGUGACAAGAAAUUCUCAGAUAAAAGACUUCUGAUCAAACAUCAGAAAAUACAUACAUGAAGCAAUUGUUUCAUGAAAUCAAUGAAAUAUCCCACCUAGCAAAAUGCAAUUGAAAAGAAGACUAUGGCCGAAGUCCAAAAUACGUUUGGUUUUAGUUGAAAGUUAAAAAUAUGUAUUUUCUGUGUUUUUUUUUUGAAUGACUUGAAAACGACUUAAUUUCAACGUACUUGCAGCCUAUACACAUGGACGCAGUAUGAUAAAUUAGUCUGUAAUCAAUUUUAUUAACAAUCUGACAUCACUCCAGUAUUUCUUGACAACAUUCAAAUGCUAAUUGUCUUUAUUCCACUACUGAAGAAGCAUGUCUCAAAUCACCCCAUAUUUCAAACAUUCAGCCUGACAAAAGAUACCUAUUUUAUUAUUCCAUGCCUCACCAUUAAGUGAAUUAUUGCCAAUACAUAUAAACAAAGGGGUAGUACAUUUGGUUUUGAUAUAUUUACAUUUCUUGUUAGUAAACAGUUAGUAAUCAUAAUUAUUUUUGCAACCAACUGACUAUUUUGGGUACAAUUAUAUUGACAUUGUUGCACUGUUUUUAGAAUAUCAGGGAUAAUUCUCAGAUGUGCCAACCCAAAUGUACUAGAGCAUGACAUUGGGGACUGGGCCCCCGAUCCUAUAACAUGCCUAUCUAGUGAACCCUGAAAAGAGAAAGAAGAUCCGCAGUGAGGGGGAAAGUUACUACGGAUAUUAAGGAGCUAGUUCUAGAAGCUAGUGAGUUUUAGGAUUCUAUAGAAAGAAAAAGGAGAAAAUAUAUUAUUUUAUUAUGUUAUUUAGAAGUGUUUUUUCUUGUUUUUAAUUGUUGACAGCCAGUAGAUGCCAUGUUUAUAUUGGUGAAGCAUUGUAGUUGAUUAUAAUGUGAAAUGGAAGUGGUUUUUUGUAUGUGGUGAGCAAACUUGUCCAACAAAAAUAUAGGAUUUAUUUGUUGUCUUAAGGGGUAAGGUGUUCCAGGCUUUGGUUUUUCCAUUUACGUUUUGAGGUUGGACUUUAGCACGAAUAGCUCGUUAGCACGUGGGACGCACUGAUUGGUGUCACCUCUUUAGUCAGUAUG